AUGGCGGGUGCAAAGGCCUGGAGGCCCCUGAGGCUUCCAGAGGACGGCGGAUUACCCCCCUUGCUGGUCACUUUUGAGACAAAGGCGUCUGAAUAUUGUAUUCAAGUGACCGACAUGGCUCAUGUAUGGACCGAGUCAAUGGAGAGGAAAGCCAUCUGCAUAAGAGCAUGGGGUGAGAACACCAGCAUCGACCCAAGCGACACGCCAGAGAACAUGGGCAGGUUCCUCCAGACACUACAGAGUGCCUUGAAUGAGACGAAUCCUGGUCACGACGAAGCUACAGUCACGCUUUCUCCCGGCUCGUUGACAGAGGCAGGGGAAGACGGCUUACAGUUACUCGCCACAUGUCCGCUCCCUGGCUUUGAGCCUCUGAAGUGGCCCUUUCAUCUCAAGAAAUCAUCAUCCGUCGCCGUCGCAAACGAAUUCGCAAUCCCGCUGGUCGAGACCCUAUACUCCAAGAGCCGCCAAGUCGACUUGUUGGUACAGGCCUUGAAACACAAAGAUGCCGUCAUUGCCAAGCUCUCCGACAAGCUCGAAGCUACAGGCACGGGCCUGGAACAUGUGUUUACUGCGCUUUCAGGUCGCAAAAAGGUGACGCGAGAGGCGGCAGAUGACAAGAUCAGGGGUCUAGCCCCGUUCAACAAGCAUAAGAUGAAUGACGAUCUCCAGAACAAUGCUGAUCAGCCCAGCGACGUGAUGGAUCUGGUACAAAGAGUAUUUGGUGGCACGGCCGCAGUACCUGAUACGUCAAGGAACUUUACAACAGGCAGCCUCGAUGGCUGGUGGCGUGGCUUCAGUAGCACAUCAAGCCUACCACAUCGCACUGGUCCCCCGACCCAAGACCAGAUGGCAGCGCCGGACACAGCAAUACCGUCCUCUCCCCCAGACGUCAACGACGUGACAAUGGGAGAUGAUACAGAUGACGACGGCGACAACGGUGACGACGAGUUCCAGAUUCAGUCUACACCACCACGACUCAAGCCAACAAAGAAGGAUCCGCCGGCUGACGAGGUGGUUGCAUCCUCGAGACAACAGUCCUCUACAAAGGCCAUCAAAGAAGAGCAGCACACGUCUUCUCAGGAGCCCAAGAAAGCCGGACGCAUAGGGGCCAUCGGGGGCAAGAAACAGGCACCACCUCCAUCGCCGCCCAGGGCACCCAGCCCACCACCCCCCCGCAGCAAGCCAGCUCCGGUCGACGACCAGGAGACGGCGUCAGAAACGGCCAGCGACGCGGACGAGACGGCCUCUCUCCCCGACGGCGCCGCGUCAUCGCCGCCUGCGGCCACAUCUCCGCCCCGCGCGAAAAAGAGCGGUCUGGGACGCAUCGGCGGGAAGCCGAAACCGGCGGUGCAUGAUGCAGACGAGGAGGAGGACGCCGCCGCUGCUGCUGCUGCUGCUGCGCAUGCAUCUGCCGCGCUAAAGGGUGGUGAGGCGGCGGCGGCGGGCUGCUCGUCGUCGACGGCCCCCAAGAAGAGGCUGGGUGUCAUUGGGAAGCGGAUCGGCGGCGGCGGCGGCGCGGGAGAGGCGGCGACCACGGGUGCUGCUGGUGAUGCGCGGCGCGGUCGCACGGCCACCACCACCUCGCGCAGUGCGUCGGCGGGGGCUGCAGGGCAGAGGGAGACGUCGCAGGAACGCGCCGACAGAAAGCGGGAGGAGCUCAAGAAGGAGCUGGAGCGAAAGGCCGCUGCCGGACCGGCCAAGAAGAAGAGACGGUUCUGA